CUGCAGGAGCUGCUGACGGUCGAUCUCGGUGCUGCUGGUGCCUGUGAUCACUGAGAGCCGGGCUCCUGCUGGGAACCCUGAACCUGUCAGACUGAUGGAUUCUUCUGGACCAAACCUUCACCCUCAAACAUCAGGAUUACACACACUUUUAUGAAUGCUGAAGUUUUUACAGACCGGCUCCUGGUUUUUGGACUUUUGAAGACUAUGUCAGGAGCGAACCUUGACCCAGACUGAAGGCCCUGUGGGGACUGAGACCAGGAUUACAAAGUGAUCCAGGAUUUUCCUUCUGCAGAUCUUUAUCCAUGUGGAUUUGCUGACUGUUCCUGACUUUAUUCCUGGAGCUGGUGAGGAGUUGAUCCUGGUUUUGGAGUUUCAUCAUGCAGUUUCUAGACACUUGUUGGGAUGAAAUUCCACAUUUUUAGUAGUUUUGAUGUUUCAGAUGAAGGACUGUGUACACACGGUACCAGCUGAUGGCCAAUAGUCUGGUUUAGUUUGCAGUUUGGGAUUUAAACAUCACAUUUCUGAGGCUCUGAAGAUCCUCAUUGUGGAGAAGGACCCAAACAUUAACUGAGAUAAAUUGGAUCUUGGCCUCGAAGAGAUCUUUGUGGACUUCCGUGAACUCUGUGGAACAUUUCUGGGCCAGGAUUCAAAGCCUCGAGAUCACCAGUGACACAAACAAUCUGGAUCAGGAUCUGGAUCCCAUGGUCUUCAUCACAUCUCCGCUGUUGGAGGAUUGACUCUGAACGACCACCGGCGCCACGCCGCAGGGACGCCAGCGCGCUCCACAAACACUCAGAAAUGAGAGAACAAAUCCUCUGUCCUGCUAAAUUGCUGCUGAGUCCAGACCCAUCAUCUGACUGGACCUGGACCGGGUUCCUCCAGCAGGUCCGCCUAUGGUCUCGAUGUCACGCUUUGAAUCGGAACAGUUUGGCAACAGGGCCACACUGCAUCAUGGGAAAGUUUAGGAAACAGUGACCCUUUGAGUCCCAGAUGUAGAUUUUGUUUUACAACUAAACCCGACGUUUCAGAGUCGGGGCCUCUGACACCUCACCAGAAGACCGUGAACCCAGGUUUUUGUUGCUGCUGUGGCGAUGCUUCCUGUUGGUGUCGGAGCAGGUGCUGGCGGCGGCCUUUGCCUGAUCAGGUGGUUGGGCAUCAGACUGUGGUCUCGGCGGGGGACUCUGGUUUUGGCUGUGCUCUGGUUCGGGUCCUGGUUGUUCCUGAAUGGAGUUGUGCUGGUCCAGAGGAGCAUCCUGUCCGACUACUGCACCGACGACAAGAGCAAAAGGAUCCUGCAACGACUGUGCCUGGAGUUCCGUGAAGGGGCGGUGACGGGCGAUAUGUGCGAGGACCUGUGUGUGCUCAGCCUGGUCGAGUACAAGCGCUGCCUCUACUACGAAAAUGGAAAGAAAGUCAUCGAGGCACGCUGGCGAGGAAACAAAGUUAUCCUCAAGUCCAAGCUGGAAAAUUUCUCCUCCUAUGAGCCUCUGGGAAUACUGGACUAUCAGGACACUGCAGAGGAGCUGUCUCCUGUCGAUGUAGUUUUCUACGCCACUCUAGAAGUACGAAACUCUCUGGGGCUGACAGAGGAAGGUGAGGAGGAAGAAGUAGGAGGCAGCAACAGCUCUCUUGCAAGACUUUGGGGCAAAAAGCUAAAAGGCAGAGAAAGACCGUACUCCAGAGCUGAACUGGCCUCGCUGUGGUCACUACUACAACAGGAAGAGUACACCUUUCUCAGAGUCCUGCAGGACCUCAGCACCCAUGUGGCCAAGGUGCUCGGCUCCUGUGGUCAUUUCUACGCUGUGGAGUACCUGUCUGCCGGACAUGCCUGGGACCAGAACAUCUUCUCCCUGGAAGACAUUGCUGGGCUGCCGGGUGGAGGAAGAGGCCCGUACGCAGGAGGCCGUGGGAGGUGGACCUCCAGGGAGAUGGUUCAUCGUAUUGCACUGAGCUUCCUGGACAUGGUGUGGCACUUUGACAAUGACUUCAGCCACAGACUGCACCUGUGUGACAUCAAACCGGAGAACUUUGCUAUCAGGAAGGACUUGACGGUCGUUGCCAUUGACGUUGAUAUGGUGUUCUUUGAGCCGAAGAUGAGGGACAUCCUGGACCAGAACUGCAGCACUGAUGAUGACUGUAACUUCUUCGACUGCUCGUCCAGGUGCAUCCUGCACAAACGCAGGUGCAGCCGCCAUCGAAGGAACAGCAACCUGCAGGUCAUAUGUGAGAAGAUCUUCCAGCUCUGGUUUUCUCCAACUCUGCUCGGAGCCAAAGCAGGGCUCCCCCUACAGGUGGAGCUGCAGCGAGCAGUGCAGGAGUGUUCCGAAACAGACGGAGGUGAUGAGAAAGAGGAGGCUGAAGGAGGAGGAGAGAAAGAGCUCGGUGAGAACAUUCAUCAUCGUCUCCUUAACAUUCUGACACGCCUCCUCCAAGAGGGAGGGGCUUCAGGUGAAGGAGGAAAAGGCCAUGCCCAUGCCACACUGAACGUCUGAGGAGUAGACGUGGAACCUCAACCCUGCUUGCGGCGACCUGAAGAGACCAACGUAAGGUGGAGCCUCGAAAGGAUCCUGAUCCAGGAGGAAAAGGACAAACGUUUACAAACAACAGUGACCUUCAUGGAUACGAUGAAAACAAUAUGAGAGAGAAUCACAUGACCCACAUCCAACGUCCACCAACGAGGAACUCUGAAGUCCACCAACGAGGAACUCUAAAGUCUAUCAACAGGAACUCUAAAGUCCACCAAUGAGGAACUCUAAAGUCCACCAACGAGGAACUCUAAAGUCUAUCAACAGGAACUCUAAAGUCCACCAAUGAGGAAUUCUAAAGUCCACCAACGAGGAACUCUAAAGUCCACCAAUGAGGAACUCUAAAGUCCACCAAUGAGGAACUCUGAAGUCUAUCAACAGGAACUCUAAAGUCCACCAAUGAGGAACUCUGAAGUCUAUCAACAGGAACUCUAAAGUCCACCAAUGAGGAACUCUAAAGUCCACCAAUGAGGAACUCUGAAGUCUAUCAACAGGAACUCUAAAGUCCACCAAUGAGGAACUCUGAAGUCUAUCAACAGGAACUCUAAAGUCCACCAGUGAGGAACUCUGAAGUCUAUCAACAGGAACUCUAAAGUCCACCAAUGAGGAACUCUGAAGUCUAUCAACAGGAACUCUAAAGUCCACCAAUGAGGAACUCUGAAGUCUAUCAACAGGAACUCUAAAGUCCACCAGUGAGGAACUCUGAAGUCUAUCAACAGGAACUCUAAAGUCCACCAAUGAGGAACUCUGAAGUCUAUCAACAGGAACUCUAAAGUCCACCAAUGAGGAACUCUGAAGUCUAUCAACAGGAACUCUAAAGUCCACCAAUGAGGAACUCUGAAGUCUAUCAACAGGAACUCUAAAGUCCACCAGUGAGGAACUCUGAAGUCUAUCAACAGGAACUCUAAAGUCCACCAAUGAGGAACUCUGAAGUCCACCAAUGAGGAACUCUGAAGUCCACCAAUGAGGAACUCUGAAGUCUAUCAACAGGAACUGUAAAGUCCACCAAUGAGGAACUCUAAAGUCCACCAAUGAGGAACUCUGAAGUCCACCAAUGAGGAACUCUGAAGUCUAUCAACAGGAACUCUAAAGUCCACCAAUGAGGAACUCUAAAGUCCACCAAUGAGGAACUCUGAAGUCCACCAAUGAGGAACUCUGAAGUCUAUCAACAGGAACUCUAAAGUCCACCAAUGAGGAACUCUGAAGUCUAUCAACAGGAACUCUAAAGUCCACCAAUGAGGAACUCUGAAGUCUAUCAACAGGAACUUUAAAGUCCACCAACGAGGAACUCUAAAGUCCACCAAUGAGGAACUCUGAAGUCUAUCAACAGGAACUUUGAAGUCUAUCAACAGGAACUCUAAAGUCCACCAAUGAGGAACUCUAAAGUCCACCAACGAGGAACUCUAAAGUCCACCAAUGAGGAACUCUGAAGUCUAUCAACAGGAACUCUAAAGUCCACCAACGAGGAACUCUGAAGUCCACCAACGAGGAACUCUAAAGUCUAUCAACAGGAACUCUAAAGUCCACCAAUGAGGAACUCUGAAGUCUAUCAACAGGAACUCUAAAGUCCACCAAUGAGGAACUCUAAAGUCCACCAAUGAGGAACUCUGAAGUCCACCAAUGAGGAACUCUGAAGUCUAUCAACAGGAACUCUAAAGUCCACCAAUGAGGAACUCUGAAGUCUAUCAACAGGAACUCUAAAGUCCACCAAUGAGGAACUCUAAAGUCCACCAACAAGGAACUCUAAAGUCCACCAAUGAGGAACUCUGAAGUCUAUCAACAGGAACUUUAAAGUCCACCAAUGAGGAACUCUAAAGUCCACCAAUGAGGAACUCUAAAGUCCACCAAUGAGGAACUCUGAAGUCUAUCAACAGGAACUCUAAAGUCCACCAAUGAGGAACUCUGAAGUCUAUCAACAGGAACUCUAAAGUCCACCAGUGAGGAACUCUGAAGUCUAUCAACAGGAACUCUAAAGUCCACCAAUGAGGAACUCUAAAGUCCACCAAUGAGGAACUCUGAAGUCCACCAAUGAGGAACUCUGAAGUCUAUCAACAGGAAUUCUAAAGUCUAUCAACAGGAACUCUAAAGUCCACCAACAAGGAACUCUAAAGUCCACCAAUGAGGAACUCUGAAGUCUAUCAACAGGAACUCUAAAGUCCACCAAUGAGGAACUCUAAAGUCCACCAAUGAGGAACUCUGAAGUCUAUCAACAGGAACUCUAAAGUCCACCAAUGAGGAACUCUAAAGUCCUCUACAACAAAUGAGUGCUGCUUUGAAAAAUGAUCUGAGAUUUUGAGAAUAAAGCUGAAAAUCUCCAGGAAAAAUGUCCAGCAGUAUUAUUACAACAACAGAUAAAAUAAUAUCAGAAAAAACAUUGUUACUUCAUAAUAUGUAAAUAUUAUAAUAAAAGUUAAAAUACUUUAACAAAAUUAUUUUAAAAUACCUAUAGGAAAACAUAUCAGUUCUGAAGAAAUCAAUGAAGAAUUUGCAGGCUAAUGUGUCU